GCGUUCGCUCCAGCCGCGGCUCUACAGCAGCGGGCGGCGGGACCCGGGACCCAGCUUGGCGACGGCGAUCGCGACCCGGGACCCAGCCUGGCGACGGCGAUCGCGACGCGGGCCCCCAGGAUCUCCCGGCGCCCCACCUCUGGAGCAGCCCCUGCCGCCAGCGUCAGGUCCACCCCGGAAUCCCAGGGACUCUCGGCGCCGAACGGACCCGGGCCGGGUGCAACGGGGUCCCCGGACUGGAGAAGACGCGGGUGGCACUGUGCGAGCUCCAGGAGCCCCGGGUCCACUGCGAGGCCUCGGGGGGCGCAGACCUGCAGAGACUGCGGCCAACGGGAAGAAAUAAAGGGAUUAUAGUCCACUUAAUUCACAGACUUCUGAGACUCAGACACGAGGAGAGAUAGAGAACCGCCAAUCUCUAGAUCAACAAGCAAAGGAGGUGCCAAGCCUGUUUGUCUUCAUUGUGACGCUGGAGUCUGGAUGCUGGGAAGUCCAAGAUCAGGGUGCCGGCAUGGUCAGUUCCUGGCGAAGCCUCUCUUCUAGGUUUCAGACUGCCCUCUUCUUUGUUGUGUCCUCGAAUGGCAGAAAAAGGGGUGGCUGUUGGAGGAAGGGAGGAGAGUAAAUGAAGAGAAAGAACUGGAAUAACCCCUUGCAGAAAAAAAAAAAGGGAAGCAAGCUUAGCUGUACACCCUGAGUCUUGCAAAAGCUGCAGCCCCACCCAGGAGCAGGGUGGUGGCUGGGGCGAUGGUGGACGCCCUGAAGAUGUCCCAUGGCUACUGAAGGGGCUGCCCAGUUAGGGAACAGAGUGGCGGGCAUGGUGUGUAGCCUAUGGGUGCUGCUCCUGGUGUCUUCAGUUCUGGCUCUGGAAGAGGUAUUGCUGGACACCACCGGAGAGACAUCUGAGAUUGGCUGGCUCACCUACCCACCAGGGGGGGUGAGUGCCACUCUAAUUCUGAACCUGAAUCCCUUGGCCCUGCCCCUCCCUGUUCCCUGGAGAGUGGAAUUCAUGAAGGAAACCCUGGGUGAGGAUUAUGGGAAAAGGAUCCCUCCCUCUAGAGCACCAAGAUUUCAAGUGGGACGAGGUGAGUGUUCUGGACGACCAGCGACGCCUGACUCGGACCUUUGAGGCAUGUCAUGUGGCAGGGGCCCCUCCAGGCACCGGGCAGGACAAUUGGUUGCAGACACACUUUGUGGAGCGGCGCGGGGCCCAGAGGGCGCACAUUCGACUCCACUUCUCUGUGCGGGCAUGCUCCAGCCUGGGUGUGAGCGGCGGCACCUGCCGGGAGACCUUCACCCUUUACUACCGUCAGGCUGAGGAGCCCGACAGCCCUGACAGCGUUUCCUCCUGGCACCUCAAACGCUGGACCAAGGUGGACACAAUUGCAGCAGACGAGAGCUUUCCCUCCUCCUCCUCCUCCUCCUCUUCUUCCUCUGCAGCGUGGGCUGUGGGACCCCACGGGGCUGGGCAGCGGGCUGGACUGCAACUGAACGUCAAAGAGCGGAGCUUUGGGCCUCUCACCCAACGCGGCUUCUACGUGGCCUUCCAGGACACGGGGGCCUGCCUGGCCCUGGUCGCUGUCAGGCUCUUCUCCUACACCUGCCCUGCCGUGCUCCGAUCCUUUGCUUCCUUUCCAGAGACGCAGGCCAGUGGGGCUGGGGGGGCCUCCCUGGUGGCAGCUGUGGGCACCUGUGUGGCUCAUGCAGAGCCAGAGGAGGACGGAGUAGGGGGCCAGGCAGGAGGCAGCCCCCCCAGGCUGCACUGCAACGGGGAGGGCAAGUGGAUGGUAGCUGUCGGGGGCUGCCGCUGCCAGCCUGGAUACCAACCAGCACGAGGAGACAAGGCCUGCCAAGCCUGCCCACGGGGGCUCUAUAAGGCUUCUGCUGGGAAUGCUCCCUGCUCACCAUGCCCUGCCCGCAGUCACGCUGCCAACCCAGCAGCCCCCGUUUGCCCCUGCCUGGAGGGCUUCUACCGGGCCAGUUCCGACCCACCAGAGGCCCCCUGCACUGGUCCUCCAUCAGCUCCCCAGGAGCUUUGGUUUGAGGUGCAAGGCUCAGCACUCAUGCUACACUGGCGCCUGCCUCGGGAGCUGGGGGGUCGAGGGGACCUGCUCUUCAAUGUCGUGUGCAAGGAGUGUGAAGGCCGCCAGGAACCUGCCAGCGGUGGUGGGGGCACUUGUCGCCGCUGCAGGGAUGAGGUCCACUUCGACCCUCGCCAGAGAGGCCUGACUGAGAGCCGAGUGUUAGUGGGGGGACUCCGGGCACACGUACCCUACAUCUUAGAGGUGCAGGCUGUCAAUGGGGUGUCUGAGCUCAGCCCUGACCCUCCUCAGGCUGCAGCCAUCAAUGUCAGCACCAGCCAUGAAGUGCCCUCUGCUGUCCCUGUGGUGCACCAGGUGAGCCGGGCAUCCAACAGCAUCACGGUGUCCUGGCCGCAGCCUGACCAGACCAAUGGGAACAUCCUGGACUAUCAGCUCCGCUACUAUGACCAGGCAGAAGACGAAUCCCACUCCUUCACCCUGACCAGCGAGACCAACACUGCCACCGUGACACAGCUGAGCCCUGGCCACAUCUAUGGUUUCCAGGUGCGGGCCCGGACUGCUGCCGGCCACGGCCCCUACGGGGGCAAAGUCUAUUUCCAGACACUUCCUCAAGGGGAGCUGUCUUCCCAGCUUCCGGAAAGACUCUCCUUGGUGAUCGGCUCCAUCCUGGGGGCUUUGGCCUUCCUCCUGCUGGCAGCCAUCACCGUGCUGGCGGUCGUCUUCCAGCGGAAGCGGCGUGGGACUGGCUACACGGAGCAGCUGCAGCAAUACAGCAGCCCAGGACUCGGGGUGAAGUAUUACAUCGACCCCUCCACCUACGAGGACCCCUGUCAGGCCAUCCGAGAACUUGCCCGGGAAGUCGAUCCUGCUUAUAUCAAGAUUGAGGAGGUCAUUGGGACAGGCUCUUUUGGAGAAGUGCGCCGGGGCCGCCUGCAGCCACGGGGACGGAGGGAGCAGACUGUGGCCAUCCAGGCCCUGUGGGCCGGGGGCGCCGAAAGCCUGCAGAUGACCUUCCUGGGCCGGGCCGCAGUGCUGGGUCAGUUCCAGCACCCCAACAUCCUGCGGCUGGAGGGCGUGGUCACCAAGAGCCGACCCCUCAUGGUGCUGACGGAGUUCAUGGAGCUUGGCCCCCUGGACAGCUUCCUCAGGCAGCGGGAGGGCCAGUUCAGCAGCCUGCAGCUGGUGGCCAUGCAGCGGGGAGUGGCUGCUGCCAUGCAGUACCUGUCCAGCUUUGCCUUCGUCCAUCGCUCGCUGUCUGCCCACAGCGUGCUGGUGAAUAGCCACUUGGUGUGCAAGGUGGCCCGUCUUGGCCACAGUCCUCAGGGCCCAAGUUGUUUGCUUCGCUGGGCAGCCCCAGAGGUCAUUGCACAUGGAAAGCAUACAACAUCCAGUGAUGUCUGGAGCUUUGGGAUACUCAUGUGGGAAGUGAUGAGUUAUGGAGAACGGCCUUACUGGGACAUGAGUGAGCAGGAGGUACUAAAUGCAAUAGAGCAGGAGUUCCGGCUGCCCCCGCCUCCAGGCUGUCCUCCUGGAUUACAUCUACUUAUGUUGGACACUUGGCAGAAGGACCGUGCCCGGCGGCCUCAUUUUGACCAGCUGGUGGCUGCAUUUGACAAGAUGAUCCGCAAGCCAGAUACCCUGCAGGCUUGCGGGGACCCAGGGGAAAGGCCUUCGCAGGCCCUUCUGACCCCUGUGGCCCUGGACUUUCCUUGUCUGGACUCACCCCAGGCCUGGCUUUCAGCCAUUGGACUGGAGUGCUACCAGGACAACUUCUCCAAGUUUGGCCUCUGUACCUUCAGUGAUGUGGCUCAGCUCAGCCUAGAAGACCUGCCUGCCCUGGGCAUCACCCUGGCUGGCCACCAGAAGAAGCUGCUGCACCACAUCCAGCUCCUUCAGCAACACCUGAGGCAGCAGGGCUCAGUGGAGGUCUAAGAAUGACGAUACCCGUGACUCAGCCCUGGACACUGGUCCGAGAAGGGACAUGUGGGACGUGAGCCGGGCUCCAACAGCCUCUGUGAGAGAUGCCCCACACCAAACCCAACCCUCCCGAUGGCUGCACUCCCUGGUCCUCCGCCUCUCCACCAGCCCCCUCCUCAUUAAAGGGAAAGAAGGGAAUUUGCAA